AAUUUAAUGAUGAGAUAUUUUAAGAAAUAUUACCAUUGAGGAUGUUUAUAGAACUACGGAAAAAAAUUCAUCUUCUGUUGAGAUCCAAUCUGAUUUUCUGAUAAUUUUAAGAAAUAAAAAGCAGUUGAAUAAUUAAUUACAAAAUUGUUGGACCAUUUUUAGCUAAAAACCAAGGGAGUGUUAUUAGAUUAUGUAUUUACAAAGAACUAUAUUGAUUUAGAAUUAGUAAAGUCUGGUGUUAUUUGUUUAUGAAUUUGUAAUAAGUAUUAAGUAUAAAAAUUUAGAGUUAUUGGAAUCAUUAUUUUAUAAAAUAAAAAUCUCGUGUUAUUCAAAAAAUAAAAAAUAACGGAUUUUAUCAUGACCUAAAAGUGUGUUGUUAUUCGUUUAUUGAUUUUACAUAUAUUCUUCACAAAAUCUGAUUUAUCAAAGUGUUGCACACUUAUCAUGUAUUAUGAAAGACGGGAUUUUUAUAAUUUAACAAAAUUUAAGUUAAUAGCACUUCAAAACCACUCAUUUCCCACAAUGCAAAUUUUGGUAGCGUCACUCUCUGGCCAUUGUACAGACUUUUACACGUCGUUACUCAGUCCCCACCCCCCACUGUAAACUUUGUAAAAAUAAAAUGUCAACUAAAAAUACAAACCUAUAAAAAUAAAAUUAGUCGCUGAUGAAACGUAGAGAUUAGCCGGAAGAAGAAGCUUAAAAAUGCGAGCCAGAGAAAACAAUGAAUUUGUGCAAAAAUGUAUAUACGAGAGUCGAGAAAAACAAAAGAGAACCAGAAAUAGAACACAAACUUGAAAAAUGAAAAAGAUAACAACAAACACAACAAAACAAUAUUAUGCAAUAUUUAAAUAUAGUACUCUACAUAAGUUUAUAAUUAUCUCUAGUUACAGAAUCUAACAACUUACAAAACUCUUUGAACAAAAUUUUAAGAAAAUACAAUUUAAAAAAAAAAAACAAAAUUCGAAAGCUGGCUAAUUUUGAAAAUCAUCAAAACUUUUCUAAAUCACAAACCAAUAACAGCUCCUAAAUAUAAAUCUGUAAAACCUCUAAAUAACAAACUGCUACUUAGAAGAUGAAUAAAGUUUUGAUCAAUUUGGUUAUGAAAUUCAAACAUACGGGUUAAAUUAAAAAAGAUAUUUGUUCCUUUGUAUUAGUUUUUGUUAGAGCGAUAACGCACAAAUCUGCGCAUUCUCUGUGCUAUCUUUCGAGAUUAAAUUUGAUGCACAUCACCCAUUUAUUUUACUAAUUCAUGAUCCAUCCUAAAUAUUUAUAUUUAACCCCGCAGCGUUCUUGGAAAUAAACAUAAAGAUAAGUAGGAUCGUCUUGAAAUAAAAAGAAAAUGGAGACCGAUAUAUUAUAUCACAAAAUAUAAUAAAAACAAACUCAUAAUAAAAACUAUUGCGAGAUAUGUAUUAGGCAUGGAAGUUCGAGUACCCGUUGGCGUUUGGAUUGGGUUUUUCGGAUUUUUAGAUUUUCGGGUUUAUGCUCCUAAAUUCCAUACUAGAAUUUUAUUAGUACGGGUCAGGUUCGGAUAAUAAUACUUCGAGUUCGGUUCAAAAUUGUAUUGCGUUCUAAAACCCAUAAAAUAAUCAUAUAUCGCACGGAUUCGGGUUAUAUCGAUUCGGUUCGGAUGUAACCAAAAUAAAAAAACAAAAAUUUUGAAGCAAAAGCAUAAAAAAUAUCUAAAUUAAAUACAAAUUAAUCUAUCACACGUAAAAUUAAUAAAAUAAUAAUAAAAUGUUAAAUCAAGUAUAAAAACAAACAUCAUUUGUAAACAAUAUGUGUUGUCUUAUAUAGAGUAGAUUUUUUAUUUCAAUGAACAAAUUAAGAAAAUACUUAUUUAUAACUAACUGUGUACUAUUAAUUUUGGAUUUUUUGGGUUCGGUUAAUAACACUUCGGGUUCAGAUUUUUUUGUACCACCCUACAAGAUCCGUUUGGAUAUUUUUUACAUUUCUGGUUCGGUUUGGAUUUUGGAUUCCGGAUUUUAUGCCCAAUGCCUAGUUUAUAUAAUCACUAAAAAAAUUUAGUUUAGUUAUCACUAAAUUUAUAUAUUAUAUAUAUAUAAUGUAUUUGAAAUUUUGCUUUAUAAGAGCCUAUAGAAAUAAAGGCACGUUGCCUAUAUAUGGCUUCUUAACAGAGAUUUGCACAUGUGAUAAUGUCACCUACCUGGAUGUGCAAACCAUGUCGGCCCUCACUUACACCACGUGUUCGUAUGCCCUCUCUUACUGCAUUACUAAUACCGUAGAUAUCGACGAUAUUUUUUAUAUAGUUAUCAUGAUUGCACCUCCUAGUUUUGAACAAUAGUACAAUACUAUGAUUAUAACUUUAUUUCCCAAUUCAAAAAAUCUUUUAAAACUAUAUUAUACUGUAUAAUAUUUUUUUGGGAUUGGACCACACACUCAAUAAUGCGAGGUUCAGCAGGUUCAGAGGGGGUCCACAAUAAAGCACAUGAUUAUUCACGACCAGAGCCGAUUUCGGCAAUCUUGUGUUUCUAUUUUCCUCUCGAAAAUUAUAAGAGCAUGGCUUCUUAAAUUACGAUUCUUAACCGAAUAUAAAAAACCGUCUCUUAUCUUUUAAUUAAAAAACUAUAAAACGAUGUUUUUUUAUAUUCCACUAAAAAUCUCAAUCUAAGAACUUUAAUCUAAAAAUCUCAUUCUAAGAAUCUUUAUUAAACAUGCUCUAACAUUAACAUCAAAAUUAUGCAUCAUGAGCUAAUCUUAGCCGGCAAUCUUGUGUAUGAAAAAUAUUUUUACGAAAUCAAUUUGGUAUUUUAAGUUCACCAAAAAUCCUAGCAAAUUGUAAAGAAUAAGUUAGGGCAUCAUUAUCGGAGGGACUUGGGCCGGCCCUUAACCAAUUUUGGGUUAAAAAAAAAUUAAAAAGGCAAAGGACGAGACGAACGGGCCUUGAUUAAGGGCUUCCCGGUGUCGUCCCUCGUGUGUACGUGGCAGCACCGGAUUGGGAGAUGAUAUCGAAGCCGUAUCGCCUUUUUCAUUUUCUCUCUUCGUGUUUCUCUUCUAGUCGACUCCAAAAGGCGACGGCGAAGGUGAUUUAUCAGACUCCGGUGGCCCAAAACUUGUUUCGGAAACCGAAAGCGCGAUCUACAUCCAACGGCGAGAGCGACUCUGAAAUCUCCGAUGACGAAGACCUAAAUCGUCGGUUCGGUUAGUUUCCCAAGCAUCCCCAAUCGUGUGAGAAUCGACCCAACCAUACAAAGGAUAAGAGGAACAUGGGACUUGACUACAGCUAUAGUCAACCUUCGGACUCGGAGGAUUUAUUUUGCAACUCUGUGGACAGUGGCUACAACGAGACGGAUGACUUAAUUCGACGUGACCAAGAGGAGAUACGCUUACAAAGAGGUUCACCGGUGCAGUACCCUCCGGAACCCGAGGUAGAGUUCGGCAUCCCGCAGAGAUGCUACUGUGGCGCACAGCCACUACUUGCAACAUCUUCUCGCGAAAUAGGUAGGCGAUACUACACUUGUCCGAAUGUAGAUGAUGGGGAGUGUCACGUAUGGAAAUGGUGGGAUGAUGCGUUUAUGGAGGAGCUGCGAGACAGAGAUAGACAAGUUCUUCUACUGUCUGAAAAGGUCGACAGUCUUGCCCUUUUGUCUGACAACGAGACUGAGCAGAAGGUAGCCAUUCUAGAGAAGAUGGUCUAUGAUUUAGCUAAGGAAAAAUCUAAGGUUAGCUAUAGGUUUGAGUUCUUUCUCGGGGUAAUGGUUGUUGUGGUAGUUUUAGUUGGCGUGGUGCAAUGGUUCUUGUGGUAGUUUAGAGAUGCUUAUUUGUUUGUCAUUUGUAUUUGCUUCCUGUGGAACAUUAAGUUUUAUUAUAAGUCAUCUAAUGUAACUCAACUUUUAUUAUAAGUAAUCUCAUGCAUCUCAUGUAACUGAAGUUUUAUUAUAAAAAUUCCCGUGACUUUUCUUACACAAAAGAACAAAGGCGACAUGAUGAGUCUGUCACUUGUUUGUCUUGAGUCUGUCCCGUGAGCACACUGAACUGCUCGUGAGCACAUAGUAAUGCUCGUGAUCAAAGUGUCAUGCGUUCAUACCCGACAAUGUAGCAUAUAUAGAUCAUACUUCUCACAUACAAUGCAUUACUUCUCCUCCUCAUAACACAUUCUCUCUUUCAAUUAUCUUUUAGAAAUUUCAAUCUCUUUUAUAAAUUUUGAAUGGCUUCUUCUUCACAUUAUCAUUAUCACAAAGAUGAUGAUGAUGAAUUUGAUUCUAUGUUUGAAGAUAUAUUUGAAAAUCCUAAUUUCAUUCCCGAACCAAAAAAGAGAAAACCGCGUAUACAUAUCGAGAGAAACCGGGAAGAAGGCCACACGAAGCUCUGGAACGAUUACUUUUCUGAAUCUCCAACAUACCCGCACAACAUAUUCCGAAGACGGUUUCGAAUGAACAAGACUUUGUUCUUGCGUAUUAUGCAUCGUAUGUCUAAUGAAAUAGAAUACUUUCAACCAAGACAAGAUGCCACCGGACGGGCUAGUCUUUCUCCGCUCCAAAAAUGUACCGCAGCAAUUAGACAAUUGGCGUAUGGUGGUGGCUCUGAUACCGUUGACGAAUAUGUCCGGCUUGGUGAAACAACAGCUCGAAAAUGUUUGCACCAUUUUACCGCGGGAAUAGUCCAAUUGUUUGGCGAUGAAUAUCUAAGACGUCCCACACCGGAGGAUCUGCAAAGACUAUUAUAUAUUGGAGAACAACGUGGGUUUCCCGGAAUGGUUGGAAGCAUCGACUGUAUGCAUUGGGAGUGGAAGAAUUGUCCAACCGCUUGGAAAGGAAUGUAUUCGCGUGGAACCAAUAAACCAACUAUUGUAUUGGAGGCCGUAGCUUCAUAUGACCUCUGGAUAUGGCACGCGUUUUUUGGAGCUCCAGGUACUAUGAACGACCUUAAUAUUCUUGAUCGAUCACCCGUUUUUGACGACAUUAUUAACGGAAUAGCCCCAGAAGUAAAUUUCAAUGUGAAUGGAAAUCAGUAUCAUUUGGCAUAUUAUCUCACGGACGGUAUUUAUCCGAAAUGGGCGACUUUUAUUCAAUCUAUCCGACUUCCCCAAGGUCAGAAGAAUUCAUUAUUCGCUCAAACCCAAGAAGCUGUGAGAAAAGAUGUCGAGCGUGCUUUUGGAGUCCUGCAAGCUAGAUUUGCCGUGGUCCGAAACCCAUCUCAGUUAUGGGAUAAAGAGAAGAUUGCAACUAUUAUGAGAGCAUCUAUCAUUCUCCAUAAUAUGAUUGUCGAAGAUGAACGAUCAGCAUCUACUCAGUAUGACCUUGAAGAAUUUCAAGAAAGUGAAGAGGAGGAUACAUUUUCCGUCAAUAUGCCUUCAAAUCUCGGUAAUAUGAUUGAUCGUCGAACGAGCGUUCGGAAUACACAAGCCCAUCACCAAUUAAAAAAUGAUUUGAUCGAUAAUAUAUGGGCUAAAUUUGGACAUCUUCCAAAUAACUUCUGAUUUAUAAGUUUUUAUUACUCGAAUAAAAUGUUUGUUUGCUUUUAUAUAUUAAGAUGUUUGUAAUUUUUAUUUUUAAAAAAUUCCUCAUGUUUUCAAUUUGAAUGUUUGACUUUUCUUUUACAUGUUUUUUUAAAAACUAUGCUUUUAUAUAUGUUAUUACUUAUUAAUGAAAAUAAUCAAUUUAACUAAGUAAGGGACAAGUUAAGUCCCACCAAUAAUCAGCUACUUAUACAAAAGCCCUUAACUUAGUUCCUUAACACAAAAAUAAUAAUAAAAAAUGUUAAGGGCCCUUAAUCAAGUCCCUCCCAUAAUGAUGCCCUUAAACCCCAUUUUUAAUGUCUAACACAUGUCAACAAAAGAAAUAAAAUUCAACUACGUAGCUUAUAAAUUAACUUUUAGAAGCAAACAAUGUUAAUCGGUACAUUAGAAAUAAAUUUUCAUUGCAUUGUAUUGUAUUAUUUUAAAUAAAAAAUAAAAUAAACUAAUAUUUUAAUGAAUUAUUGUAAUAUAAUUUAGCUUUUUUUUAUUAUUGAAAAUAAGGAAAAGUUAAUUUUUAUUUAAAACUACAAUUUUCUUUGUAGAUUUUUUUUUUGUCAUCGGCAUAAACAGAGACUCCUAAGACUCUGCAAACCAAACCGAUAAUUCUGCAUCUAUGUUAACGAAAAAAGACGGCUGCUUUCUGGCACUCUGUGCAAGAUAAUCCGUCAGUGUAUUUUGUGUUCUGGUAUAUGAAUGAUGUUCGAAUUGUUGAAAAAUUUCUUCAGGAUCUUGAUAUCUUCCAAAUAACUUGUAAAACCUGUCAAUUCUUCUGGUUUCGAAACCAUCUUCCCCCAAUUGAGAACAAUCCGUUGUAAAUGUGAUAUGAAACUGAUGUAAAUUCUGCAUGCAAUCCAUUGUCCAAACAAGCGCUUCCACUUCUGAGUGAAGGGGUGACAGAUUCGCCUUUGUGUUCCUUGCGUCCAUCAAACUAUCAAAACCUUCCAAAACUAUAAAAUUGUCCUAAAAAAAUCUCUUGAUUUUUUCAUGAUCCAUCUAUAAAACACCAUCUACCUGGAAUGAUUGGUAUGUUAGUGGGCUCGACCUUUAUAUUUUGGAGAACCCUUUGUGUCAAUGAAACAUGUGCUUCAGUCCACAAUAAAGACUAUGUUUCUACCAAUUUUAAAGUGUGCCUAGGAUCAAUAUCUAUAUUACUAAAAAAAUAUUAUUUUCUCCCUUCCAGAUGUACCAUAACAUCCAAGCAAAUUGAUGGUCCUCCAUUUGUGAAACAACUCUCCAAAACAAAUGAUCCAUAUUCUCGAAAAGUGAUGGAUCAGGGAAAACAUCUGGAUUCGAUGGGAUGUUUGAGAGUGCCCAAACUUGUAUCGCCGAUGGAAAUUCAAAAAACACAUGGUUUAUUGAUACCUCUGAUGCCCCACACCUUGCACAGAAAAUAUUCCCUUGCAUCCCCUUUGCUCGCAAGUUUUUCUUAACUACAAUGCAUCCUAACACUAUUUGCAAUAAAAAAAUACUUCAUUUUCAGUAGAUAUCUUAUUUUCCAGCAAAACGCCUUAAAAUAUCAACUGAAGGACCAAAAACUGGUAGCGGUUUAUCCUUGUUAGGGUAGACACGUUCUACUUGGUAUGCAGAUUUCACCGUAUAUUUUCUAUUAUUUGUGAAAUGCCAUCAGUCUUUGUCAACUAGUUGUAUCCGACUCAAAGGGAUAAUUUCUAUUAGUUUCACAUCCUGGACAUCCACUAAAGCCUGAAUUUCCUACGAAUUCUAUGUUCGUGAUGAUGUAUUGAUGAGAGAAUCGGCUGUAAGGUCAGGGUAAAGAUUAUGAUGGAUACUAUUUGCUGGUCUCAGGCGAGUGGAUGGGAGCCAAAUAUCAUUCCAUACUGAUAUGAUUGAUCUUGAUCUUGAUCUUGAUCUCACCCUUUUGGUUAGUCAUUUGCUUAUUAGAGAUCUAGCUGAGAAAAUACUCCUCCAGCCAUAUGACGGGGAGUAUGAUCUAAUCGGUUCCAAAGAUGAUUCCUUCAUGAAGUACCGAUCUUUAAAAACCCGAGAAAACAAAGAAUUCAGUUUCUUGAUUGAUCGCCAUAACUACUUUCCUAUCAUGGCCAUAUUAAAAUCCGAGAGAUCUUUAAAUCACAAACCUCCUUCAUCCUUAUUGAGACAUAGUUUAUCCCAUGAUUUUCAGUGUAUAUCUUUUGUAUUUCCCCCUGAACUCCACCAAAAUUGUGUUACUGCACUCGUUAAUUUCUUUGUUAUUGUGUUUGGUGAGCGAUAGCAGUAACCAUUGAUUUAAUAAUCACUUCCUUCCUCCCUUUUGAAAAGAACUUAAAGUCCAUCCAUUAACUUUGUUGCUUAAGCGAUCUUGAACAAAACCAAAAACCUAUAUUUUCGAUCCUCUCAAACUCUCUGGUAUUCUCAAAUACGAUCUUAUCCCACCUAUAUUUUGUAUUCCUAAAAUAUCCCGCAUAUCAUGCCAAAUAGAUUCCUCAAUUAUGUCCAAAUUGAAUGGAAGAUUUCUAGAAAUUUAUCAGCGGGUCUAAUACCUCAUCGUAUUCCUUUAAAAUCCUUGGAAUAGUUUGACAUUUUUCUUUCUGGGCCUUAAAAAAACAGACUAUCGUCUGCGAAGAGUAAGUGAGAUAUCGGAGGAAAGGCCCUAGCCACUUUCAGCCCGUUAGUUGUUUUUCUCUCUGCCUUUUUAAUAUUUUCGGUUAAAGCUUUUGUGCACAUGACAAAAAAAAAUAAAGGGUUCUCUUCUCGAAAAUAUCUAUGUGAAAUUAUUUACAUUAAAAGUGAUACCAUAUCUAUAUUAAAAAUAAACACUUGACCAAAUUAUAUUUAAACAAAUAAAACAAAAUUACCAUAUUAAAUGAUAAGAUACAUGUAUUUUGUAUCACACGAUGUCGUUAGCUUAUCCAAAAAAUAUCCAAUAUUAUUAUUAUUAUUUUGAUAAUUUUUGUGUAAUUCCAAAAGUUUUCUACACCCAAAAACUAGUUACUAAGAGGUUCAUAGAAAUCCAGAUUUUUUUGCCACUUAAUACGUCUAAAGGUGGCCAAAGUAAAUCGAACCCAAUGCGAAAGCUCCAGCUGGAACUAUUUUACCACUGGGCCAAGACCACUCGGUUAAAUAAUAAUAAUAUAAGAAAAUAAUAAUAUUAUUAUUUUUUAUUUUUUGAAAAAAUAUUGCUUCGUUAAGAUUGGAAGGGUUUUGAUUUUUUUUUAUUCACUUCCUUGAAUAAUGUUGAAUUUUAACUCACACAUCUAGUUUUGUUAGUUUUUUUUAGGAUGAAACUGAAAUAUACGGGGUCUAAUUGCAAAUUUCUCUGUUUGUUAGGUAUGCGUUUGGCAUAUUCGAAUGUUAUAAACGUUUUGCUCAACGGUUUUUGAUUCUCUUUUCUUUUGGCAUUUGGCAUUUCAUGCCAGGUUUACCAGCUCCCGAUAUUUGUUUGAUAAAUUAUUUUUUUAAUAGCUUUCGAUGGAAGUCCAUAAAGGUCAAACUUUCAUGAAACUAGUACCACAAAGUUUUUUUUUUUUCAAAACUAGUACCACAAAGUCUACAAUUCAUUUUUGGAAAUAUGUAAAGAAAGCAUUGAGAGUUUUAGUUGAGAUAGAGAGGGUCUUCUUCUUCUUGUAAGGAAGAGAGACUUAAGAGAGAGAAAGUAGAUCUGGUUCCGGUGAGCGGCCGGCGCGUAGGCGCGCGUGCCGUCGCCGGAACCUCUUGGUUUUUCCUUCCGUUUAAGCAGUCCGUAUUUUUGUAGUUCUCUCGUCAUCCUCCCCCUGAUUCGCUUUGCCCGAGCUCUGAUUGACUCUCAUCCGGAGACGAUAGCUUGAGGAGCGAACCGUCAUCAACGGUGGCUGGGUUAUUGGAGUGAAGGCGCGGUCGUGUGGAGGUGAAAGUGUGGUGAAGUUAUUUUCCGGGAGGUGGAGGCUAAUAAAGCUCCGCCGUCGCCGGCUCAAGUCUCCGGGAGGUGGUUGGCUUCUUCAGAAACGUCUCGUCGUUUUUGUCUUCGGGGGGUGAAGGCUUACACAGCCUUGCGUCGCCGGCUCUAGUGGUGAGAAGUGGUGGUUUCGUUUUUUUGGAUCGGGUAUAGCGUGUGUUGUAUGUGUUGUUGUGGGUCGCGGCUCUCGUAAGACGGAUGAGAUCUCGAUGAGAUCGAGGAUGCUCUCCGCAGAGAGUUCAGAAAGCUGAAGAAAAGUGGUGAUGUUGGAGGCUCUCCGGUUUCGAGCUCCGGCGUAACGAGGGUGUCGGUGGCGGUGCUCAGGCGGUUUCUCGCGUAGGUGACGGUCAGGUUGAGGCAUCGGUUGACGCGUGGCGUGCUGAAGAUGAGAUUUCAACACGCGUCCCGUCUCCUUGACUCGUCGGUCAAAAGGAGAAGUCUAGGCCGCCUAGUUUCGAGUUGAGUGAGGUGGGCUGCAGGCCCGUUUUAUGUUUUGAAUGGUUGUCCAUCUGUUUGUGGGCUUUUGGUUUGUAACAUAUUGCUGGGCCCGGGUCCAGUACUGUUGGGUUCGGGCUUUUGUUGUUUGUUUUUCGUUUUGCAAUAUUAAAAAAACCUUGACGGAAAAAAAAAAGUAAAGAAAGCAUUGAUUACUUAGCAUUUUUAGUUAUUUAUUGUUUAUAAGAUUGACUGUUGUUUUAUAAAAGUCCAUAUACUAAGAUAGAUAGCACAUGAAACGAGAUGCAUCGGCAUUUUUGGUGAAUGACUAUUAACAUUAUAACUGGCUGAUUUGGAAUUUUAUACAAAUUAAUAAGCUACUUAGCUAACAAGAAGAAAAAAGCUACUUAGAUUUAAAAUUUGAUUUUUUUCUGUUUUCAAUAGAUUUAUAAAGUUUUGUGAACAAAAAACUCGAUUGAAAUAAAGAGUUUUUUGUUAAAUUUCUUUAGCUUCUCAUUUAAAAUCAUUUGAUAGAAACUCCUGAAAUUUUAUAUGCAUACAUUUUUAGAGAUUAAGAUCUGUGAACCAUUAAUUUUUACAUAAUUUGGAUAUCCUUUUUCGAGAAAAUGACCAUUCUAACCAUUAAUUUUGCAUACCAUUAAAAUUGGAUGCAGGUUCGAGAGAACAACCUAUUUUUUGGCCAAAUUAUAAAAGUGUAUAGAUCAAUUAUUAAACCUUUUAUUUGUUAGGUGUAGGGGUUUUGAUACAUUAUUAAAUUUCUUACAACUUAAAACUAGUUGACAGUAAUUAAAUGACUUAGAUCUCUUAUAUAUUAUUCAUGUCUCACUAUAACUUAUGAUAUAUAAUUUUUAUUUACAGAUUCUUUAGAGAUUAAAACUUAUAGUCCAUUAACCAUACAUAAUCCUAAUAAUCUUUUGCAUUUAAUUGUAAUUAUUAUAGGUGUGUGUGUGACAUUCAACACUGUUAUUGGUCUCAAACUGGUAUCUCUUAAGAAUUUAUUCAUAACAAGAAUCUCAAAACAAUCAAAAUUUAGUUUGAUCCUUAAAUCUGAUAGCGAUCAACAUUGAUUUCCUCUUUCUGAAUGUCUUCACUUCUACUUAUUAUACCCGUUCUAUUACUAUAUACUUUUGUCUCUUCUAAAUCUAUGGUGAUGAUUGUUUCCUAGUUUUUAGAUUUUAGUUUCUAGUUUUUGGUUUUUUAGUUUUUAGAUUUUAAAUUUUGGUUUUUAGUUUUUGGUUUUUGGUUUUUCUGUAGAUUUUAGUUUUUGAAAAAACUUGAAUGGUGAUUUUAGAUUUUGGAUUUUAGUUUUAAGAAAUAAAUUAAUAAAUAAAAAUAAGUAAUAAUAAUAAAAUAUAUAUCUACAAAUAACAAAAUUUAAGAUCAUACAUUAAAUGAAUAUAAAUACCAGAAAUUCUCUCUUAUAUAUAAAAUGAUAUUUAUUAAAAGCUUUUAGUGAAUAUCAAUAUUCUGAUAAUAAAAAAAGUGAAACGUAAUGUUCAAAAUUAAUCGUCCACCAUUUUUCAUUCUGAUAAUUAUUUUAAAAAAAAACAUCUUUACUUUAUUUCGUACUUUAACUAUAAGUGCAGAUUUACACAAUGAAAUAUUAGAACAUAUGUUGAAAUGUUUUUCCGAGUGUUAGGGAUGAAAAAUGAUUGGUCUAACUGUAUGUAUAAUCAGUUAUUUUUUAUUAAUUGUUUAUUUGAUAGUGUCUGGUUUAACUAUAAGUGCUAAUUGAGUAUUUGUGGUAAACGAGUGCGUGAGUUAUUAAAAUACUUACAUUUAAAAAAUGAUAAAUAAAAUAUUCAACGUUGGCAAAAAUUUAAGAAAACACAGAUUUUAGUUUUUGUGUAGAACUAGGUAGUUAUUUGAAAAACUAGUUUCCUUAGUUUUUAGGGAAUCAUUUU